AUGGGCAACUCGAGUUCAAAUAGUUCUCGAAUGAGUAAAAAAUCAGAGUCUAUGGAGAUUCGAAGUAAUAAAUCUGGCAGAUCGUCAAAUGAGUUUUGCAAAAGUAAAAGUAUGAUGGAUAUGAGCACAAAAACAAACACAACAUCUUCAAGAAUGUCGACGUCAUCUUCAACAUCCAGACAGAAAAGUAUCACAAGUAUCAAAGACAAAGAUCGACCGAAAUCUGCAAAAACGUAAGAAUUUCAGGUUGUUUUGAAAAAUCUGAAAGAUUUCAUAUUUUCAGAAAUGAGGUAUCUCGACAAAAAUCAAUCAAACGAGAAGCUCCACAUCCAAUAACUCUUCAAGGUCGAGAUAUCAUUUCACAGUGUUUCGAAAAUCCACAUUCAGAAUUUGCAAACAAGGUUAGUCUCAGAUCCAUCAAAAAAGUUAAGAAGUUGAACCCAAAUUGAAAUCAGCUGCUUUGUGAACAAGUUGUAAUGUUGAAUUUUAUGAUGAUUUCGGAUCUUUGAUACUCUUUUCUUUUUUUCCUUCACUUAAUUGCUGCUCAGAACUGACUGAGGAACAGAUGAGAGAGAUAAUGCUUUUACGUUUUACAUUUUUGAUGAGAGCAAUUCUGUUUUAACGAGAUAUAGAAAAACACAAGACUAAUUGAAGACAUAUUGAAAUAGAUGAAAAAGUGUACUUUUCGGAAAUUGCUUGGUUGGUAUAUUUUUGGAGAUAUAUGGGAGAGCUUAUAGCUAACCUAGAAUUAGACCUCAGACCACUUUCAACACACAAUAGUCUUUGAUUUUUUGAUCUUCAGUUUAUUUAGACACCAUCUGGAAUUGUAUAAAUCUGAAACUGAAAAUCUGUUCAAUUUUCUAAACAAAUUGUUGGUUUUUUGUUCCCCGUUCGUUUUUUUCUUCAAUCUCUAAACAAAAGCUCAAGAAGCAUGUUCAUGUCACAAAUCACUUCCGCUCAAUUUUUUUGCUCCACUGUAAACUGCCAAUCUAUUUUUGCCCCCUUCAUCUUUUCUUCUGAAGAUUCUUCUCUAGUCAAUCUUUGAUAAAAUCAAUAAAACAUGAGCAAAAAUACGUGAUCAUUGUGUUUUUGUCGCGAAAAAAAGAAAGAACAAAAAAAGAAAAAGAGGAUUAGGAAGGAGUGUGUAAUAAUUGAUGACAAGACUCGCUAUCAAUUUCUAAUUUUUCAGGUUGUUCAAAGGAUAUUCGAAAAACGAGAGGACUAUCAAAAAUUCAUCUUGAAUCUUGGAAAAGAGCGGUCAUAUUUGGUGAAUCUUCGACUCAAAAUGUUGAUUGAAGACAUCGUUGCUCAUGUUAGUCUUCCUUUCAAUCACUUUUUCCAAAAGACAAAAAAAAAGAAAAAACAAAUAUUUUUUGGUUUUAACUCGGCUUACGUGAAUGAUUUAUAGGUGCUUUUAAAAUAGAACCGAACACCUUCCAUUUUCAGACACCACAAAAACGAAAAAAAACAAAAAAAUAGAAAACAACUCAAAAUGACGAUAUAUUGAAUUCCCAAAAGAGUUUCGUUCAAAACAAGGGUAAAUAUAUUUUUUGGCGUUUUCCAAAAAGAAUACCAAAAAUAGACAUGUUCAAAAAGGUACAAAGUUUGUUGGAAAAAAAAACUAUGUUGGAUGAGUUUUAGUUUUAGUUUUAGCUUCAUGCAUGAGUGAAAGAUCAUAAAUUAUUGAAACUUUUUUUCUUGACAAGCUAAGCUAGGCUAAAAAAAGAAGAGACACACGGAAAUUAUAAUUUUUUUUGCUCAAUCCGAAUUAGUUCACUAAAUUGUGUGAAAAAGUCAAGCUUAAUUGUUGCGAUGGGAAAAUUUUUUAAUCUUUUCGUUUUCCCCCUUCCUCAAACCAUUUGUUCUUUGAAGAUUCACGAGUCGGAGUUUAUUGAAAACAUUUCGAAACAAUAUGGAGAAGAACAUGUGGAAUUAAAACAAUAUGGUUUCAAACCAGAUUUCUGGGUGGCUGUCGCAGAUGCAAUGACAUUAGAGGGAGUGAUUUUAGAUAUGGCUAACCAUCAGGUAUUUUGCGAAUACAAUGCAAAAAAGUUCCAGAAAAAAAUCUUGAUAUUUUCCAGCCAGCUGAUACUGUAUCUGCUUGGUCUUCAUUAGUCACAAUGAUCUUCUCAUCAGUUCGAGAUGGAUAUUAUAGUGAACUUCGUAGACAUCGAAUGAGUUCAAGGCGCACUUUGAAACAUCAAAGUACUGUAGAAUCGAAGGAAGAGGCUGAGGUAAUUUUUUCUCCAAAUUUUCUCACAAAAAAUAAUUGAUAUCAGGCAUGUUGCUAUAUCCAAAGAAUUCCAACAGUCUAUGAAAAGGUUUGCAAAAGUUUUGAAGUGUAUACUAAAAACGUAUUUUGCUGACAAGUUACGCCAUAGUUCAAAUAGACUCUCUCACAAAGCUGUUUCUUUUGUUUCCUUUUUUUGGAAAAUUAAAACAAAACGAAAUGUUUUUAUAAAUAAUAAAUGUGAUUUUUUUGAAGGCUGAGCCAAGUGCACCACCGACUUUGGGCAAAGAACAAUCACGAGUGAACUUGUCAACGACAGUUGAAGAAGUCACUCAACCAAUUGUACAAAAAAAUAUUCUUGCAACAACUAAUGUUAAUAAUACUACUAUAACUACAAAUAAAAGUAUGCCAGCUAGAACAAUGUCUUCAUAUGCUUCUGAAUCAUCACUUCAUCAUUCCAAGAAAAAUGGACAUGGUAUCUUAAAAAUCCCUAGAUUAUGAAAAAAAAUCAAUUUGGUUUUUUUUCAGUGACUUCUUCAUCGUCAACUGCGGUUUCAAAUGGUCCGGUUCGUCGUCCAAUUUUCGAAUAA